AUGGCAGCAGCUCAGGCGAUGCUCGAUGAGGUCCAUGAUGUCCCUCCUCGAGCCACCAAUGACACCAAUAGUUACGUGCUUGGAAGAAUCAAGGGACAUAAUAUCGUUAUUGCGUGUCUGCCAAGUGGAUACUACGGCACAAUCAAUGCUGCAACCGUAGCGGCGAAUUUAAGUCGAACCUUCCCUGCAAUAUCCGUCGCUUUAAUGGUUGGCAUUGGCGGGGGCGUACCGAGUAAAGAAGAUAUACGACUCGGUGAUAUAGUCAUUGGAACAAGAGUCAUGCAGUAUGACCUUGGAAAGAUUAUGGCAGACGGGAAAUUUGAACGAACCGCAUUCCCUCGAACUCAUGGCUCUCUCCUCGGAACAGCGAUCUCUACCCUCCGUGCGAAACAUGAACUUGGGCCUAGUCGAGUUUCAUUCAUUAUUGAGCAUAGGAUGAAGGGCCUUCCCAAUUAUUGCCGACCUAAUACUCCAGAUCGUCUCUUCGAUGCAAACUAUGAGCAUAGUUCUUCAAGUUGCGACGAAUGCAAUUCAUCAAAGUUAGUCAAGCGUACCAGGCGUGAACGUGAUGUCCCAAAGAUUCACUACGGUGCGAUCGCUUCCGGGGAUCAAGUGAUGAAGCAUGGCGGCACCCGAGAUAAUAUUGCGCGAGAACUAGAUGUUAUUUGCUUCGAGAUGGAGGCUGCUGGUCUCAUGGACAUAUUCCCUUGUCUUCCUAUUCGCGGAGUCUGUGACUACUCUGAUUCUCACAAAACCAAGGAAUGGCAAAAAUAUGCUGCCGCUGCAGCAGCAGCAUACGCAAGGGAGCUUAUGGAAGAGCUACCAUUGGCAGAAGAAGAACGAAGUAAUCCUGAUCCUUUUACAAGCAAAAACAAUCCGCAGCAGUUUGUAGACUUAUUAAAGUUUGAUCAAAUUGAUUCCCGCAAAUUGAAUAUCAAAAAGGCUCAUUCGAAAACAUGUCAAUGGCUGCUGGAUCACCCAGAAUACAAGGCAUGGCUUGAUCCUACACGCCUAACCCAAUACCACGCAUUCCUAUGGCUAAGCGGUAAGCCCGGAGCAGGUAAAUCGACAAUCAUGAAAUUUGCCUACUUGAGGAUGAAGAAAAAAGUCGUCGCUGCCUCUUUCUUCUUCAACGCUCGAGGCGAGUACUUGGAGAGAUCAGUUAUAGGCAUGUAUCGGUCACUUUUGUAUCAAUUGUUGACGGGAUAUCCUGAGUUACAAAAAGUUCUCGACAAGUUUGAUAGUAUUCCGUUGGGCCAGGAGCAUCUUUCUUUAAAUGUUUUGAAAGAUAUUUUCUACGAUGCAAUCUCUGCUCUUGGUCAACGACACUUUGUCUGCUUUGUCGAUGCUCUUGAUGAAUGCGAUGAGCAACAGAUCAGAGACAUGAUCGAAUAUUUUGAAGACCUUGGAAGUCAAUGCAUGAGCGAAGGCAUUCCAUUCCGCGUCUGUUUCUCCAGUCGACAUUAUCCCUAUAUUUCAAUUCAAGGGGGAGUAAAGCUUACCCUGGAGAGCGAAAUAGGCCACACGAAAGACUUGGAAGAUUACAUUACAAAUCGUCUCCGAAUACAAGACCCUUCCCUUUUCCAAGAGCUCAAGUCUCAAUUGCUCGACAAAGCAGCUGGGGUCUUUAUGUGGGUCAUUCUGGUUGUCGAUAUCCUAAAUAAGGAGUGGCACCGGGGCGGGUUAGCUUUACGAAAAAGACUCGAAGAUUUACCAAGUGGCCUAAGCGAGCUUUUCAGGGAUAUACUCAGACGAGAUACAGAGAAUAUGGAGCAACUUCUACUUUGUGUUCGCUGGAUCAUGUUUGCAAGGCGCCCUUUGCAACCAGAUGAAUUCCGCCAUGCUCUCUGGUCUAAUCUGGCAGCACGGGGCCUGGUUGAUUAUCAGAUUCCAACAAUCAACCCACAGUCAAGGGAAAGCAAUGCUGCAUUUGUUAUCAGCUCUUCAAAAGGUCUUGCUGAGAUCACUCUGUCCAGUCCACCAAAGGUUCAAUUCAUCCAUGAAUCUGUGCGAGACUUUCUAAUCAAAGACAAUGGGUUUUUUGAGCUGUGGCCUGACCUAGAGAAUAACUGGGAGGCUUCUAGUCAUGAGGCUCUGCGAGAAUGCUGUGAUUUCUAUUUGAAAUAUCCGUCCAUCAAUGCGUCUUGUGAUCAGUUGAUCGAUGGGUCCAGACUCGACAAGGCUACUAAGGCCGGAAUGAGAUCUGAGUUCUCUCGCUGCUACCCAUUCCUGGAGUACGCGAGCCAAUAUGUGCUUCAUCAUUCUAAUGCUGCAGCAAUAGUAAUCCCUCAGAAUGCUUUCCUUCUCAAUUUCCAAUUACGAAACUGGAUAAAAAUGAACAAUCUUUUCGAGAAAUUUCAAAGUCGCGAAUAUGGGAUACUAGCUAGCAUGAUCUACAUUCUAGCAGACAGGGGCCUCUCUGCUCUUAUUCGUACAAAGAUGCAAGUUAAUUCUCGCGUUCAUUUUCCAGGGGGAAGAUAUGGCUAUCCAAUAUUUGCAGCUUUGGCUGGUGGCCAUAAAGAUGCUGUUGCUGCUCUCCUUGGCCUGUCUUCCACAAUAAUUGACGGCAAUGACAUUGCCGAGGGCAUUAAUUUCAGGAAAGACCUUUUGGAUUUCAAAAAGCGCACGCCGCUGACUUGGGCUGCGCAAGAAGGUCGAUUGGCAAUUUCCAAGCUUUUGAUAGAAGCUGGAAUGAUCAUCGGCCAGAAAGAUGAUGCGGGAGGAACGGCAUUGUCCCGGGCUGUACAAAAUGGACAUGAGGAGAUUUGUAGCCUUUUCAUUGAAAGAGGAAGUGAUGUUAAUCUUACAGUUGAAUUGCUCGGUCUGCUGCUUUCUAUGGCUUCAAAGAGGGGUCACGAAGCAGUUGCUAGACUCCUUAUUAGGAAAGGCGCCGAUGUUGACUUUAUAAAUUCUGGCGGAAGAACGGCGCUUAUUGAAGCUUCGGAAAAUGGCCACGAAGCAGUUGCUAGGCUUCUUAUUGCGAAAGGAGCCGAUGUUAAUUUUGUAGAUUCUGGAGGGAAAACGGCGCUUUUUGAAGCUUCACAGAGUGGUCACGAAGCGGUUGCUAGGCUCCUUUCGAUGAAUGGAGCCUAUAUUUAUCAGAUGAUCUCAACCUAA